GUCUCACUACUCCGCAGCAUUCGACUGGUGCGCCCGCGCCGCGCGAUGUGACCAACCAGUGAAGUGAACCAAGUGUACCAAGUGGAAAACUUCAUUCAGUGAUCCUCUCAGUGCAUUUUCAGAUGCCAGUAUAGCAGCAGCCAUGACGCGCGACAGUUACGAGAUGAACACCAACCGUUUGUCGCGGGGUGGAUCACUCUUCGGCACAGAUCCACAAACGCAACUCAGAACAGCUCUACGCACUAAUGAUUAUACGACUUUCAAAAAACUCCUUAGCUAUGGCGCGGUCGAUCUUGAACACGUUUAUCAAUAUCCAGAUUAUAAAUCGUGCCUCGAUUUGGCAGUUUGUGAACCUGGUAAAGAACAUUUUGUGAAACUUUUGCUUCAGCACGAGGUAAAUGUUAAUAGACUUAACGAGACGCAUGGUGCAGCACCGAUACAUUUUGCUGUAGAAAGUGGCAAUUUAGAAGCACUCAGAGAAUUAUUGGACGUCGACGGUAUCGAUGUUAAUAUUAAGAGUAAAGGUAAUACAGCUUUGCUGUUGGCCAUAAAGAAAAUCGAAGAUUUGGAAGAUGAUCGCGAGAAUGAGUUGGCCGUGUAUGAAGAUAUGAUAGAGUUACUUUUGAAAACCGGAUGCAACCCAAAUUCCCCGGAUUUAAAAGGUGUAACUCCAGUUUAUUGCGCAUCUAAACAGGGUUUAGAGAGGGUCAUAACUUUGAUUUUAGAUUAUUCCAAAGAUCCUAUAGAUCUAGACACUUACAAAGACAGAAGAGGUAAAACAGCACGUCACUUUUUAAAGGAAGCUUUUCCUCAUCUUUUGGCACGAUUCGAAUCAUCUACUGAAGUUGCCGAUACAAUUGAUAAUGAUAAAUUAUUUUCAUAUUUAAGCAGACACGAGGAAGAUAAUUUUAUUCGUGAUUUUACUAAACUGGUUAAAAAGAAUGAACAUCGAUCUGCGCUUACGGCUAAUAAUGGUAUGCACACAAUGUUACAGCUGGCAACAGAAAAGGGUCUGGAAAAAGUAGUAGUUAAUUUACUUGCGAAUGGUGCAGAUCCCAAUGCUACAUGUGCAGGAAAUACAUAUCGCCCGAUAGCUAUUGCUUGUCAAAACGGAUUCCUCAAAAUACUAAAAAAGUAUGUUGAUCACGAGUCGUCUUUAUUCGAUUCUGUUAAUGGCGAAUCCUUACUUCAGAUUACAAUAAAAGGAAUGAGGUCUUACUCAGAUCACAUCAAAAGUGAUCACAAAGGUUGCCUUAAAUUGUUGCUGGAAAACCCAAAAAUUAAUAUUAAUGUAAACCACCCAGAUAUAAAAGAUAACACAGCACUUCAUUAUGCAGCGAGAAACGGUGAUAGUGAUACAGUGUUAGAAUUAUUAAGGAAAGGGGCAUGCGUGGGACUUAGAAAUAAGUUUAACGAACCACCUCUAGCAGAUAUAAAUGCAAAAACAUUGGAAACAUAUUUGGACGAAUGUAUAACAACGAACGGUGAACGACCAAGUGACGAUGAUUACGAAAUACAUAUGAAAUAUAGCUUCUUAGUUUACCCUAAUAAUUCACUUGAAAACGAACUAAGUAAAGUACCUCUGAUGGAUAAUGCAAAUAAUAAUGGAAAAGAAUAUGAGGCUAUAUUAGCACCUGAAACUGACGCUCUCUUGUAUAUGACACGGAAUGAGGAGCUGCGUCAAUUAUUGAAACAUCCAGUUAUCACUAGUUUUUUAUACUUAAAAUGGCAGAGAAUAAGUUGCCUGUUUUACGCUAACAUUACAUUUUACUCCCUACUAUGGCUUUGUUUAAUUCUCUAUAUUAUACUUGGUUAUGGUGUCACUAAGAAACAACCAGAUACAAUAGAGGCAUUAAACGUGGUAACUAGAGUUGGUGCCAUUAUCGGUUUAAUACUUUUGAUAUUGAGAGAAACAUUUCAGUUACUUGUUUCACCAACAAGAUAUUUACAAAGUAUUGAAAACUGGAUGGAAAUAGCGUUGAUAAUUGUGACAGGGUGGAUUUUAUGUUAUGAUUCGGCACAAGAAUCAACAAAGCAACAGUUAUCAGCAAUAGCAAUUUUAUUAUCAUCAGCGGAAUUAGUUCUCCUUAUUGGGCAAUUUCCAACACUGUCAACAUAUAUUGUUAUGUUGAAAACAGUUUCCUGGAACUUCUUCAAGUUUAUGUUAUGGUACUGCAUUUUGAUAAUUGCAUUUGCAUUAAGUUUCUAUACGUUAUUUAGACAAGUGAUUAUAGAAGAUCAAGUGGCACCAAAUCCUAAUAAAUCUGAGAAAGAAGAGGAAGAAGAAGAGGAUUUCUUCGAAGAUCCAGGAAGAUCUCUUUUCAAAACUAUUGUUAUGUUGACAGGAGAAUUUGAUGCGGGAUCAAUUAAAUUUAGCACCUUUCCAGUGACCAGUCAUAUCAUAUUCAUCGUGUUCGUAUUCAUGAUCCCUAUUGUACUUUUUAAUUUACUAAACGGCUUAGCUGUCAGCGACACACAAGAGAUCAGAAAUAAUGCAGAAUUAGUCGGACAUAUUUCUCGAAUAAAACUGAUAUCAUAUUUUGAAAGUAUACUCAUCGGAAAUGCUCGUGAAUAUGCGAGGUCAACCAAAUGUUGGUUCUGGCCUUCGUAUUUACAAAAUUUACAAAUAAUCAAGCCAAAAAUGCUAUGCAUCAAACCUCUCGCGAAACGAGUAGCUUUAUUUCCGCAUUUUUUACCCAAGUACAGAAUUAUUGUGAAACCGAAUAGAGAUAACCAUAUAGAAAUACCACAUCCUGAACCAUUAGGUAAAUUCGGUGACGAUUAUGAAGACAUUGAAGGUGGUGGAUGUUGUUUUGAACGCUGCCAAAAUUACAGACUGGAUAGAAAAAUAGUUAAAAAUGCAAAAAUUAUCAUCAGUAAAAAGUCCCACGUUUCUGAAUUUGACGAGAUUAAGGAGAAAUUCGUGAAUCUGGAAAAUACAUUGAAGAAGGUGUUACAAGCUAUGGAAUCGUACCAUAAAUAAUAUCUUUGCUUAUAUUUAGUGUUAAGCUAUGAAUUCCGAUUGCUUAAAACAGUAUUAACAGAUAUAUUUUUAUAUAGUUUAUACUUAAUAUUAAGCUGCAUUAACAUUUACAAAAACUUUGAAUAUUAUUGUAUAAGUUAUGUGAAUUUGUGAUGCAAUUAAUGAUUAUACUGGAAGUUUUAUAUGGAAUGUUAAGCUUUAUAUAUUAAUGUCUGAAAUAAAUAAACAUGUAUAAAUUAC